AAUCCUAAAUCACUGAGGAACUGAGCGCUAGUACCUGUGCGUGCCCUCUGAGAAAGGAAAGAAAGUGACAGAAGGAGAAGGAAGCGCAGGUGGAGACACUUGACAGACUGGGAGACAGAAGACGGGAGCUGCUGAGCCUUUGGUUGAUUAUCUUUUUAAUUGCAUGUCUGUUUUUCCUCACUGUCCUUUGCAUUGCUGGUCCUGAACGUUUCCAUUUGCAGCGUUAACGUGCGGCCUGUUCAAGCAUGCCCACAAACGGUAUUAACCAGGCUCUAAAGCUACAGUUUGGUCUGAUCAACUAUGAGAACCGCUACCUGACAGCUGAGGCCUUUGGCUUUAAGGUAAAUGCUUCAGGCACCAGCAUGAAGAAGAAACAAAUCUGGACCUUGGAGCAGGAUGAGCAAGACGGUCAAGUGGUCUUUCUUCGCAGCCACCUGGGACGCUAUUUGGCUGCUGACAAGGAUGGAAAGAUCACGUGUGGGGCAGAGAAGCCUGAUCCUGAAUGCCGUUUCCUUAUUGUGCCCCAAUCUGAUGGUCGCUGGGCACUGCAAUCAGAGCCAUACCUGCGCUACUUUGGAGGCUCCGCGGACUACCUGUCCUGCUUCGCCCAAGUCAUUGGAGAGCAAGAGCUGUGGGCUGUUCAUUUGGCUUUGCACCCCCAGGCUAGCCUGCUAAGUGUGGCACGUAAGCGCUAUGCCCAUCUGUCUGCCUCGGAUGGAGAAAUCUCAGUGGACAGCAACAUUCCCUGGGGGGUCGACUCCCUAGUCACCUUGGUAUACCUGGACGGCAAGUACAGCCUGAAGACUUGUGACAGCCGUUUUCUGAGCAACGACGGCAAACUAGUGAAGGAAAACAGCAAUACAACCUGCUUCACACUGGAGCUGAAGUCAGGCAAGCUAGCCUUCAAGGACUGCGAUGGGAAAUAUCUGGCCCCUUUGGGCCCCACAGGAACGCUGCGCUCCGGCAGAUGCUCCAAACCCGGAAAAGAUGAGCUGUUUGAUCUUGAAGAAAGUCAUCCACAAGUAGUAUUUCAAGCUGCCAAUAAAAGAUUUGUGUCAGUCAAACAAGGAGUGAGUAUUUCAGCAAACCAAGAUGUGGAGACAGACAUGGAAACCUUCCAGAUGGAAAUAGACAAGGAGAGCAAGAAAGCUUUGUUUAGGACCAAUGGAGGAUCCUACUGGACUUUAGUGACCCAUGGAGAGAUCCAGUCCACUGCUAAAGAAGUAGAGAUCAACACUAUGUUUGACAUUGAGUGGAGAGGACAAAGGGUGGCACUCAAAGCAAGCAAUGGAAAGUACGUAUGCACAAAAAAGAAUGGGCAGCUCUCUGCAAUCAGUGAGACAGUGGGAGAUGAUGAAUUAUUUCUGAUGAAACUCAUUAACCGCCCUAUGCUGAUCCUUCGCGGGGAGAAUGGCUUUGUGUGUCACCACAAGAACUCAAACACCUUGGAUGCAAAUCGAUCCGUCUAUGACAUCUUCUCAUUGAUCUUCAAUGACGGCGCCUACAUUAUAAAAAGUGUGAAUGGAAAGUUCUGGUAUGUCUCCAGCAACGGCCUCGUGUGCUCAGACGGAGAAAAGUCAGAGAAUUUUUUCCUUGAGUUUUUGGAACAUGGACGUGUCGCCAUCAAAGGAUCCAAUGGGAAAUACCUUCGUGGAGACCAGGGCGGCACGCUCAUGUGUGAUGGAGCAUCUGUUGAUGUGUCUUCACUCUGGGAGUACUGAUCUCGUCCCGCUUGGUUCUCAAAAAAAAAGGCCUAAAACGUAGGUGCAAGAGGGCCAACGGGCAGAACUUUUUAAGGAAUCUAAUCCCAUGUUUUCUGUUUUUUGUUUGUCUUUUUCAUUGGGAUAAAGUGAACACUUUAGGAAGUCAUGUGGGUAUUUUUAUUUGUAAAUGUUAGAUGUUUUUAAAAUGACAACCAAUGCCAAGAUCAAAUGAUUUGCAUGUUGUGGAAAUCUGUAAUUUAUGAAAGGGCGGUAGAACAAUGUUCUAACAAUAAAAAAAACACCACUACCCCAUUUUAACAUCCAUUUACCUAUCCUUGAUUUAAAAAAAAAAAAAAAAAAAACUUCUAAUUCAUUCCUCUGAUUUCUCAGCUGUCAUCUAGCAAGAGGCUGGGAGCAGCCAGAAAAGGCAGCCAAAUACAAAGAUGAGUCACCAAAGUCUGAGUUUUAUUCAGUUUGGCUUGUUGCUGCUGAUAAUUCCCCUUUUUGAAGAAAAACAAAAAAUUGUUCACAAACCAAUAAAACAUUUUAUUACCUGAAACCACAGGGUUCCCCCUAUAAAGUUAGUUUAAGGAAAUUACAUUUCAAAACAUCCCUAGAGAAAAAGCACAAAAUGUAGAAAACAUUUUGUGGACUCUUGGGAUGCCAUAAAAAUCCUGGCUGCUCAUUUGUAGUCAUGUUUUAAUGUAGGUGUCUGCUCACAACCAUUAUUAUCUGAAGCUCAAAAUCUUUUCUGACAGCUAUUUAGAGUCAAGUAACUCUCAGACUUCCUGUUCAGCAUGCUGACUCAAAAUAAAAUCACUGUUUUGAAAACCAAAAGCAAGUGUUUUUGGUUUAUUUUACUAAAUUCAAAGAAGCACCCAGAACCAGACACUAUUAUCUUAUUUUUUAUACAUCUAUUUUGUUUGUCCUUUCCUUUUAAAGUAUAUUGAAUGAAAAUAUUAUCAUUAUUUAAGGCAAAAAAAAUUUAUUCCAGUGAUUUCUAUCUGUAAAAAGCUGCAAAAACUGCAAAGAAUUCCAGAGAAGAAAAUACAUCAUAUAAGCAUCAAACUUUCAUAUCAGGGACAAGCAUCAAAGAGGAGCACAUAUAGAAAACAUUUGUUGUGAAAUAUAAAGUGCUUCUCUGGUGUCCUGCUUGGGGCCUUAAUCCACACUGAACCCUGUAGUUGACCUGUCUGUUUAAUGUUAGCCUUCAUCAGGUCAAUCCUGUUAAUUGAUAUCGUCUUUAACAUCAUGUGUUGAACUGAUUACUCAAUCAACACUCAUUGAAUUACAAGGGGUAUGAGCAGCCAAGGCUUCAGUAGCACCAAUACUGAUGUAUGAAAACAAGAAUGACCAAAGCUGUCAAGUGUGCACACCUUUGUUAGUUAUUUUCUGGAGGAUGGGAAAUCAUUCCUUAUUGCAGUAGUCUCAGGAUAAUUUUGAAAAUGUUUUUGUUGUUUUUUUCAGUCUGGGAUUAAUAGACACAUUGUUGGCAGCAAGGCCUCAAAGGCUGAACACACAACCUGUAUCCGCUCUAGAGAAAGUCUUGCCAUGUUUUUAGAAUGUUUUUACUUUUCAGACACUAAUUAAUUCACUAUUUUUGUUUUUUGAAAGUUUUUUCUUUUUUUUUUUGAAAAUGGUCUUGACAAUAUGCUAAAUUUGGUUCUGGAGGCAAACUUGAAAAUGUGCAAAUAUCAAUAUUCCUACUUUACUGGUUUUUGUAAAGAUUUUUGCUUCUUUCUAUGAUAAAUGUUCAAUAAAUAAUAAAUACACAACAAAUCA